GAUAUUCACGGGGAUAUCGACUUGCGAAUGAUACGCUCGAGAUACUAAUUAAAUAGAUCACAACUCAAGCACCAAAGACGUCCGCGUCGGAUCGGCGCCGCCUUCCCCGCCUCUUGACAAGCACAGCUCCUCCGAUAGAGAACCGACUCCUGUGCCAUAUGGUAUCGGUCAUGAACCAUCUCCCCCGUCGACACAUGAAUCCCCAAACAACACCACUGCAGCGGGUAUCACAGAUCCCUUUGAGUCUGACUCAGAAAGUGAGAGUGACGAGGAUCGGAACAAUGCACGGAAGACCAGUACGUCACCCAUGCCCGCAGGCAGCCACCAAACCGCAGUCGCUCCGAAAAACCCGUUUCAAAAGACAUUAGCGACAAUGCAGGGGACAAGCUCUCAAGAGAAAGACAUUGGUGGGACACAGUCCUCGAGACCAACAAUUGGAGAUUCAAUCAAGUCAGCCAAGACAAGGCCAUCAUUGGACGUAGACAGUUUCAAACGCCUCCUUAUGACAGGAAACGCGAAUGCACCAAAGCAUGGGACCCCUGCUACAUCACAUCUUCACCCGGGAAGUGCCCAGCAAGGCGCCAUUGGAGAUAGCAGCAGCAAUACUGAUUCGUCUUCGAUCUCUCGACAAUCAAUAUUUGAGCCUAUGCCCGAAGCAACACCCGAUUCACCUCGCACCUCUCAUGAGAUCUUUGCUUCUGACGAUGAACGCCUGCGGCUGGUUCGUAGCAUAAGCUCAGGAUCCAACAAGAUAAAGCCUGCGCCACCAAAGACCCGACAUGGGAAACCAAUUCGGAGUAACACCCCGCAGACCGUAUCUUUCUCAGAUCCUUCUUUAAGUUGGUCAUCAUUUGAGAAACCUAUGCCAGCCAAACCUAGUCGUCCGGAGUCUGCCGUAUUCGUUAAGACCCCAACUGAUAUCAACAAACCAUUACCGCCUGCUCCUGCUCCUGCUCCCGCUCCUAGUCCUCCUCAGUCGCAGCAUGAUAAUGCUCUGUCCCCUUCAGGCACCAAGAUGCAAACUACUGAGUCUUCUAUAUCUUCUGCUACACAGUCACGCAAACCGCCCGCCCCUCCCUCACGACGUCAGAGCUACUUGAAAUCAUCACAAUCUCCAAUUUCCAGGAGCGAUUCUCGGUCAAUUCUCACCGAAGCUGGAGAAAGCUCUUCUGGUGAGGUUCUCGCAUUGUCGUCUUCUUCUUCCAAAUUAGCGGCUCAAGGACCAAAAGCUCCGCCUCCGCCCCCAUCACGCCGCCCUGGUGGCGGCCACGCUCGGACGAUGUCCGACUAUCCAUCAUCCCCCGCAACGCCCCUAUCUACUGUCUCAACGGGUGGAACACGCCCAAUACGUUCCUCAUCAGGAUCAAAACCUCAUGGACCUGCCCCACCUCCGGUGCCUCCAAGCCGCACACAGUCUUCGUCCUCCCGACGGGCUCGGGGGUCAUCAGUAUCUUCCUCCUCCAGCGCCGCGCCAUUCCCGCCACAACCACCUCCAAGAAGGGGUUCGGCGCGGAGCAGCCUUGACACUUCCAUUCCCAUGACCGCAAGCCCACCUUCUGAGCUCAUCCAAGAUACUGAUCAAGUCAGUGAACGACGACAGUCAGUGGCAUCCCUUGACAAAACCGCCAAAGCUGAGUCCAAACGCGACUCUGGUGAUAUUGACAUUCUGGCAGACCUGACUGCAUUACAAAGGGAGGUUGAUGAACUCCGGGGUCGGUAUGCAUCCCGAUCGGCCAGCGGAUAGCUGAAAGAUUUUCAUUCACCGCCAAAUUUCAUGUCGUUGAAAUGAAUUUGGUUCUAUUUUGUUUUUGGUCGAAGCUUACAGAAAAAGCUACAGAUGAAAAUUGCUCUGGGGUUUGGCGAACAGGAUUUUAAAGUAGCAUAUGAUUCAUGUGUGGGAACUAAAUUUGCUUGUCUCUGGCUAAUUUACUGUUCCUAUUCUUAUUUGAUACCGUAUGGCAUGAUUGAUAUGCAAACUCAUGCCGUCUGUUUGUAUUUAGUAUAUUAUGGUAGAGGUUGACGACAACAGCAAGCAAGCGGCUGUUGCAUCAAUGGCAUUGCACCUGUCUCUAUGCUUUCCCCUGCUCGAGCAGAGAUUUUGACGAUGUUUUAAGGCUCAUAGCAUUGGUAAUUAUGUCGAGGACAGUGGAUUUUUACUGCCUGUUAGAUGGGAGCAAACCAACAAACAGUGCCACACCUAGGCGCUCUAGAUGCUCGGGCAUACAACCAA